AUGUCAUCAUCAUCCGUGCUGCUUGUUCUGUUGUAUGUGGCUGUUGCAUACUCCAGCGCAAAUCUAUGCCCACCUUGCCCACCUUUGAACUCUCCAUGCCACGACGUCAGUCGCUACUUCCAGGAUCCUGGUACUGAAAAAUGUCUCUGUGAAUAUUGCAAAGGGUUUUGCGUCGAUUCGGAACCUUGUCCCAAAGGAACCACAUGCAAAUACAAAAACCUGCCGUGCCCAUGGGAUAAGAACAAGAAUUGUCCAACUUCCGAAUGUGUCAAAUUUACGAAUUGCGAGGUAAGGAAAUGUGAGACAAAAUGUCCCAAAACUGGGUACAAAAAGGAUCCCAACGGAUGCAAUACAUGCCAGUGUGAAGAUCCGUGCAAGGAAUUAUGCAAUGAGGGGCAAGAGUGUUCAUCCAGCAUAGUGCCAGGUGGCGAAUUUGUGUACCAGUGCCACGGUCCUAUUGAUUUUGUUCGUUAA